AUGCUCUUCGCAGCUGCUCAUCUCUCCGUCCAGCAGAUCGUCUCCAUCGCGAACAACCCUGCUUUGGCAACGAUACAUGCUCACAGUGCCAAGCUUCGAUCGAAGUCGUCAACAGGGGCGAGCCCGUUGAAUCUGACUGGCUGGUCUGCCAAAUCGAAGCUGGAUCCGCUCCCGCCUCCCAGGCGACCCACUGGCAAGCGGCUCAAGAUCCUGAAAAUGCGGCGGAGAGCUGACCCGUCGCCUCAAGACGACCCUCUCGCAUUCUACGCUACAUUGCAUGAGCAGGGCCUUUCUCUGUUUAAGGACACUAAUCUGGAGUACGCCACGCCCAUACUGGUGGCAGUUGCGGAGAAGAAAAAGGACAAGAUCGCCCGCCUGCUGGUCCAGGACAUCCUGUCAAAUUGGCACCACGUCGGACAAACAUAUUGCUCCAUCAUGCUCGAAAAUAUCCUCCUUCUCAUGCAGCAAAACUUCCUGGACAAGGAACAGGUCACUGCCUUGGCUCGGCGCUCUCCGUUCUUCCGGCCAGCUCAUAUCAAUGACACUCUUGCGACUCUACUCAUUGGAGUCUUAGCAGACGCAAGAGCGCAGUCAGAAUUGGACGAAGUUCGGCAUCGCCCCCACAAGGCAGCCGAGCUGCUGAUGUUCAUUGCAUGCGAUCUCACAGCGGCGGGGACGCGCUUGCGCUCGAUGGAGAUUGUGAAUGCGCUCGUGGAGACUCAUAGUGUGCCUUCCAGCGUGGUGUACCAUGCGAAUCUCAUGUCGACGGACUUCUCUCUCAUUAUCAUGACUAUGUCGGUGCACUCUGUUCUUCACUUAGGAUGGCGGUCAACAGCUGAAGGCCUAUCCGCCUCCUCAAGAACGUCUCCUCUCCUCGUCUGGCUCAUGACGCACCUUACAAAGAAGAUCAAGAAGGCUCACCUAGCGCGGCAGCUCGCGACGCAUGUUUUGGAAGCACAGAUUCCGCUACCUGUGCUGGAUCGUGAGCGCUUCAUCGGGCUAGUCGCCUCGCGGGGUUCGCAACGCAUGCACGCAUGCUUUGGGAGUGGUGCGAUGCUCUAUGUUGUGAGUCUAUUCACAAGAUUCGCGAAACGAGAGGGAUCCACACUACUGGACAAUGCUGAGGAGGAGGACAAGCUGCGUGACAGUGAGGUGGUAGAUGUGGCUGUGUCGGUGCCGCUCGAGGGCGCGGACGAGGCAUUUCCACCACGGGAGCUUUCUUGGCCUGCGCAGGGACCUAGACUUGAAUCAGCGAAAGUCAGUUUCGACUGGAAAAAUGCCUCAAUCUCAAGGUUCAUGGUGCCACGCCAAGCGAGCCCAUCGGUCAAGCCACAUCAGACACUCGCCCGUCAGGGGCUGCCGACCAUUCCCAGGCAUGUUUGGGAGCCUCCUCGAGUAAGAACCCACGUGCGCCAGACGAGUGGGUUGAGCUGGAAAGUUGGAAAGGGGACGCAGCUCGGGUGA